AUGUUUAAUGCCCAGAGCCAGCUGAGGGCACCGUCAGAACAAGGGCCUGUGGAGGAGGCCCGCCAGCGCUUCCACUGUCAGGAGUGUGGCAAACAGUACAACACCCAGCUGGGCUUCAGGAGACACCUGGUGGCUGCUCACAGCACUGCAGGGGCCCCGGUGUGCCCCCAGACGCCCCCCUCUCUGCUGGAGCAGCUUGGCAGCCACACGGACCGGCCCCCUCCCCCAGAAGCUGCGGUCCCCAUCAGAGAGAGGAAAUACUCCUGUGAGCGCUGCGACCGCCGCUUCUACACGCGAAAGGAUGUGCGGCGCCAUGCCGUUGUCCACACGGGACGCAGAGACUUCCUGUGCCCGCGCUGCGCCCAGCGAUUUGGCCGCAGAGACCACCUCACCAGACACCUGAAGAAAAGCCACGCGCAGGAGCCCACCCUUAUCAGCCCACCCUCUGGUGUGACCACGCCCUCCCCUGCCCAGUGCUCAGUGAAGGAGGAGCCAUGUGAGCUGAAGGAGCCUGAAUCUUUCUGCAGGGAGAUGUACAGCUCGUACGCCUCGCCCAUGCCCCCCUCGAGCCUCACACAAGCCUCAGGGAUGAGUCGUCACAUGACCCCACCCCCGCCCAUGCCCCCGCAGGCCUACAGCAGCGUGGGCCGCUACCAGCACUCAUCUACCUCAUACUCGCGCCCUGAUGUGGACAGCUUCCUCCUGGAGCUUCAGAGCGCCCCUCCUCCUCACCACACUGUGGGCCCUGGUCCUGGUCCAGGCUCCUCCCCUCAGAGGGAGGUGCUGGGUGACGGAGAGCUGUCCUGUACCACUAACCUGCUGGGCUUCCUGCCCUUUGGCCUGCCUCCCUACAGUGCCCACAUGGGGAUGGGGGGGCUGGUCAUGAACUACCCCCCGAGCAGCUCCUCACCGUCGUCCUCUGCCGGGCUCUCCUCACAGGGCCCGGGAUCCUUCUUCCUGCAGCCCUCUCAAAGCCAAGUGCCCCCAGCUGCUGGAAGCCACACCCACAACCAGCUACCUCAGGCCUACGGGAGCUCAGGCCCCUCGGGCGCUCUACCUCACUACUAUCAGGCCUUUCAGUGA